AUGGUCUUAUCACGAUUGAACGUCAUAACCAAGCUCCGAGUUUAUCGCUUUACAAGGCUUUCUAACACUUCCUACCAUUCCCCAGCGUUGCCAAGAAGCUCUACAACCUCAGUCAUGUCCAAUUAUAUUGUCACUUUCAAGGAUGGUGUUUCCAAAGAUGAAAUCCAGAAGUUCAAGGAUGAAGUUACGUCUGAAGGUGGCGAGAUAGGACAUACGUACGAUGGUCUCAUCUCCGGCUUCUCAGCCAAGAUCCAGCCUCAAACACUACAAGCCUUCCAGCAACAGGCAAGCAUUUCGGACUCUGUAAUCGAGACUAUCGAACCCGAUAGCACCGUCACGAUUCAAUAA